CGGGGGAGCAGAGCCCGAGGAGAGAGAGAGCAGCAUGGGGGAGGUCUGCCAGUGACAGUCGGCUUGUUUCCACAUGUGACUCCGGAGAAGGACACUUUCUGUCACUUUGUCCUCAUCGACUCGGCCGGGGAGGAGGCGCGGCGCUCUGCGGGCUGUCACGUUAGUUUUUAGUUCAGACGAGUUCACGCGAGUGGAGGAGGAAACGAGGCAGGAUGCACCAUGAAGAAACCAACACUGCACACAAGCCUCGCUAUGGAACCAUUCAGGAUGAUGAGAGGCUGUCAGCAGAGGAGAUGGACGAGAGGAGACGACAGAAUAUCGCCUAUGAGUACCUGUGUCACCUGGAGGAGGCCAAAAGGUGGAUGGAGGCCUGCCUAGAGGAGGAUCUACCUGCUACCACAGAAUUGGAAGAAGGGCUGAGGAAUGGCGUGUAUCUGGGAAAACUCGCCAAUUUCUUUGCCCCCAAGAUGGUGUCAGAGAAAAGGAUCUAUGACAGAGAUCAGGCCCGAUUUAAGAGCAAAGGGCUGCACUUCAGACACACUGACAACACGGUGCAGUGGCUCAGAGCUAUGGAGUCAGUGGGCCUCCCCAAGAUAUUUUAUCCUGAAACGACCGAUGUGUACGAUCGCAAAAACAUGCCCAAGGUGGUGUACUGCAUACACGCACUCAGCUUGUAUUUGUACAAACUGGGCAUCGCACCGCAGAUUCAGGACCUUCUGGGUAAAGUGGCCUUUACAGAGGAGGAGAUCAGUAACAUGAGGAGUGAGCUGGAGAAGUAUGGUAUUCAGAUGCCAACUUUCAGUAAGAUUGGAGGUAUCCUGGCCAACGAGCUCUCAGUAGACGAAGCUGCCUUGCAUGCUGCUGUGAUUGCCAUCAAUGAUGCGAUUGACAGAGGUCAGGCCUCUGGGACGAUGGGAGCCCUGAAUAAUCCCAAUGCAAUCCUGAGGAACAUCCAGGAAGCUCUGGCCCAGGACUACCAGGACCGUCUAACCCAAGUGAAGGCUCAUAAACAGGAUCAGUCCUCAGGGAAGAGUUCCUCAAUUGCUACUGAAGAAAGAGACGUUUAUGAGGAGCUGCUCACACAGCAGGAGAUCCAGGGCUGCAUUGACUUUGUCAACAUCCAGACGGCCGUAAGGCAGGUGAAUGAAGCACUGUCCACACAGGACACGGCUGCACUACUGGCUGCACUUAGACUUGAAGCUCUGGCCCUGCUGGGGGUUCAGGAGUCUAACAGCCACUGGUACCUGGAACAUUUUACCACCUACUGCCAACAUAAGUCCAAGGAUGGAGGGAGGGCCGUGAUGGUGGACAAAGAGGAAAUUCAGAGAGUUGUCACCUCUUGCAAUGACUUUGCGGAGGCUGAGAAACGAAAACUGGGAGCAGUUGCUGCCAUCAAUACCGCCAUUCGUCUUGGCGAUGCUUUGGACACAGCGGAGGAGCUGACAAACCCUGAGGCACAACUUCCUAUUGUCUACCCAACUGCUGCCAACCUCUAUCAGGCUGAGCUUUUCAGUUUGCAGCUACAAAGUGGGAGGUCUGGCCUGAGCCAUGAAGAGCUGAGUGUAGCUGUGGAGAUGCUCUCAGCCGUCGCAGUGCUGAAUGAGGUGCUGGACACCAAAGACCCACAGGCUGUGAUCGAGCAACUGACUGACUCUCCGCUGGGCUUCACCAACAUGGACCAAGACAACCUCAACAGGUAUGCUGACACCCUUAUCAAACAGCGGGCUGAGGCUCUUGCCAAUGGCCAAGAGUUCCUCACCUGGAACGAUGUUCAGAAGUGCAUCGACACAGUCAACGUUGAGGUCCAUGAAGAACAUGAACGCAUCAUAGCCAUCGCAGAGAUCAAUGAGGCUCUUAACUCGGGUGACCAUCACCAGACUCUUGCAGCCCUGCUCCUUCCUACAGCCAAGCUGAGUGGGGUGAACGCAGCCACAGCCAAACACUACCAUGACGUCCUACAAUAUAACAAGCAACUUCUCUGCCAGAACUCUGGAGAUGAGUCUGCAGUACUGUGGCUGGAUCAAAUUCAAGAGGCCAUUCUAGCAGCCAAUCAGGAUGAAGAGGACGCUCUCACAUUGGCUGGAGCAGUAGCUGACAUUAACAGGAGUGUGGCUGAGGGUGACUCCCAGGAUACACUGAAGAAUUUGCAGGCUCCAUGUGCAGGACUGAAAGCGGUGCUGCCUGAAUGUGCUGACACGUACCAGGCUGAACUGGAGCAGACACAAACUAGCAGUGCUACUGAAGGCAACACAGACAGUGUGUGGGUAAAACACUGCAUCAAGGGCAGAUAUGACUACUACUAUAACCUGGAGACUGGAGAGGGCGCCUGGGAGGAGCCUGAAGGAUUUGAACACAAUGGUGGCCAGCUCAGUAAAGACGAAAUCCAGACCGUCGUCAGCUGUGUGACGGCAGAAUAUAACAGGGAACAGCUAUGGUUGGCAAACGAAUCCCUCGUGACGCAGCUGCAGGCGAGGGUCAGAGGUUACCUGGUCCGAAGAAAACAUGCUCAGAGAAUGGAGUAUCUACAUCAACAAGAACCACACGUUGUCAAAUUGCAGGCUUGCUGGAAGGGUUUCAAACAAAGGAAAAUAUACAAAGAAAGAAUGAAUUUGCUUCAGAAAAAUGUUGCUUCUGUUGUCAUGAUCCAGUCCUUGGUGAAAAUGUGGAAAGCCAAAAGUAAAUACAGUCAGAGGCUGCAGUUCUUUAAAGAUCAUGAAAAAGAAAUAGUGAAGAUCCAGGCUUUUCUAAAGGCCAACAAAGCCAGAGAUGACUACAGAACUCUAACCGGAGCCAAAGAUCCUCCUCUGUCAGUUGUGCGUAAGUUUGUCCACUUGCUGGACCAGAGUCCUCUGGAUCUGCAGGAAGAACAGGAAGGGACGCGUCUCAGGGAGGAAGUGGUCACCAAGAUUCGCUCCAAUCAGCAGAUGGAGAAAGACCUGAACUUGAUGGACAUAAAGAUUGGACUGCUAGUGAAGAACAGGAUCACCCUGCAGGAUGUUGUGUCCCAUAGUAAGAAGAUGAAGAACAAGAAAAGUAAAGCGAGUAAAGAUGGCUUGACGGCAGGAGACAGACUGGGAAUUAAGGGCCUGAGCAAAGGAAAAAGACGGAAACUGGAGGCCUACCAACAUCUCUUUUACCUGUUACAGACCAAUCCAUCUUACCUGGCCAAGCUGAUCUUCCAGAUGCCCCAAAACAAGUCCACUAAGUUUAUGGACACUGUGAUCUUCACCUUGUACAACUACGCCUCCAACCAGAGAGAGGAAUACUUACUGCUCAAACUAUUCAAGACUGCUCUGGAGGAGGAAAUCGAUUCUAAGGUGGACCUGAUCCAAGACAUAGUGACGGGGAACCCAACCGUCAUCAAGAUGGUGGUGAGCUUCAACAGAGGUGCUCGGGGCCACAACACACUCAGGCAGCUCCUGGCCCCUGUGGUCAAAGACAUCAUAGAAAACAAGAGUUUAGGCAUCAACACCAACCCGGUGGACGUGUACAAAGCCUGGGUCAACCAGCUGGAGACGGUUACUGGGGAGGCCAGCAAGCUGCCUUAUGAAGUGACUCCUGAACAGGCCAUGUCACAUGAGGAAGUACGCAACAGGCUGGAGGCGUCCAGCCUGGCACUACGGACUGCGACAGAUAAAGUCUUGAACUCCAUUGUCUGCUCACUGGAUAAUAUCCCUUAUGGCAUGAGAUACAUAGCAAAAGUUCUGAAGAACAGCCUUCAUGAAAAGUUUCCAGAUGCCUCAGAGGAUGAGCUGAUGAAGAUUGUUGGAAACCUGCUGUACUACCGCUACAUGAACCCAGCGAUCGUGGCCCCCGACGGCUUCGACAUCAUCGACAUGUCAGCAGGAGGGCAGCUCCACUUGGACCAGCGUCGUAACCUGGGAUCGGUGGCAAAGAUGCUUCAGCACUCAGCUGCCAAUAAGCUGUUUGAGGGCGAGAACGCACAUAUGACUCCAAUGAACAACUACAUAUCUCAGACAUAUGAGAAGUUUCGGGUAUUUUUCCAGUCUGCAUGUGAUGUCCCUGAACCAGAGGAGAAGUUUAAUAUUGACGAAUACUCGGACAUGGUUACCUUGAGCAAACCUAUCAUCUACAUCUCAAUUGAGGAAAUCAUCAAUACACACACGCUGCUGUUGGAACAUCUGGAGGCCAUCGCUCCAGACCACAGUGACUUACUACACGAACUGCUGCAGGACCUCGGAGACGUCCCUGAUGUAGAGUCCUUGCUCGGGGAAGGAGCCGUCGACUCAAGUGACCCAAACAGAGAGAGCGGUCUGAACCAACUUGCAAAGACGGAAAUCUCCCUCACACUAACCAGCAAGUUUGAGCUGCUGGAAGGAGACGACAAAGACCUGAAGGCUCUCAUGACUAAGACAAAGAAGCUAAUAGUGGAUGUGGUUCGAAUUCAACCUGGAGAGACUUUGCCUGCAAUUCUUGAAACCCUUGCUACAGCACCACAGGAAUUGGAGCACACAAAGAUUGUGGAGCGCCGGGCAGUUCAGGACGCUCAGACACCGGAGGGUCUGAAGAGCAACCCGGCCGUGCUGGAGGACGGCCAGCUGCCUCUCGAGCAGAAGAAGAGGAAGAUCCUGAGGAACCUGAGGAACCUGGAGCAGGCCGGACUCGCCAGUGCUGGUGACAAGUACCAGGAGCUCAUCAAUGGCAUAUCAAAGGACAUUCGCUACCAAAGACGCUACAGACAGAGGAGGAAGGCCGAGCUUGUGAAGCUCCAGCAGGCGUUGACAGCACUCAACUCGAAAACUGCCUUCUACCAGGACCAGAUGAAUUAUUAUGAUACCUACAUCAAGACGUGCCUGGAUAACCUCAACCGCAAGAAUUCCCGCAAAUCUAUAAAGCUGGACAGCAAAGGAGAUGAUAAGGGCAGUAAGAAGUGGAAGCCACAGUCUCUGAAGUACACUGCAGCGAAGCUGCAUGAGAAGGGAGUGAUCCUGGAGAUAGAAGGGCUUCAGACCAACCAGUUCAAAAAUGUCAUGUUUGACAUUUCACCCACGGAGGAAGUCGGGGAUUUCGAGGUAAAGGCCAAGUUUAUGGGAGUGGAGAUGGAAAAGGUCCAGCUUCAUUUCCAGGACCUUCUUCAGCUGCAGUACGAAGGCGUGGCCGUGAUGAAGAUGUUCGACAAAGCCAAAGUGAACGUCAAUUUGCUCAUUUUCCUCCUAAACAAGAAAUUCUAUGGGAAGUAAGAAACUAACGGGAGCAGAGCAGGAAGCAGAUUGUGCCUUUUGAGUUUGUUCAACAAAAUGAAUUUAGUUAGAAAACAUGAGAUGGUUCAGGACAGAGUUUCGGCUUCUUCUGAUUCUAAUUUGAGGCAUCCCCCCUUAAUGAAAUGUUGUUUUUGUCCAAUUAAAUAUGUCCAUUCUUUAUUUUCCAUGUGGUGACUGUAAAUGUAAAGUAUUUUUAAGAAUUGUCUUAUAAUGGUAAUCCUGUUUUGUAUGUAAAAGGUCCUAGAAAACGUUAUUGCUCUCUUGUACACUGAAAAAAACAGUUGGAUGAAAAUUUCAGCUGAAGCAGUUCUAUCUCUGUCUCUCUAUCUAUCGCUCUGUCUCUGUCUCUUUCUCUGUGUCUCUUUCUCUGAGCUGUGGUGCAACAGCAUAGCUUUAUAAAAUACAGUAGUUUACCAGUGCCUUUUUAAUGAAAGCAUUUAAAGCAACAUGUUUUAAUUAAUAAAACAUUUCAAACUUUUAAA